AUGGAGGGCGACACCAGGAGGGGGAAUCGCGCAGAAGACGCCAGAGUCUGGGGUCAUUAUCACCAACAGAACGAGAACCGUAGCUAUGCAGCAGCGCUGGAAGUCAUCUUCCUCUUCACCCAGGAUAACCAGCAGCAAGAUACCCCAGUGAUCAGCAAACACCAUUCUCGACACGACUCCAGUCCAACUGCUCACUCAAUACCCUUGCCUGGAACCCGCCUCCACUCUACCUCCGCCACAACAACCCCUACUGCUGGAAAGCGGUUCUCGUCCACAUCUGCCUCCACAGCAGAAGCGUCACUACCAUCACAACCACCAAUAGCAACACCAGGAGCAGGGUCAGGAUUCGCAGAAUCAGCAGCCUUCUCCAGUCCUUCAUCCGCUUGGAACUUCCCACAAGCGUCUGGAAAGAGUGCGAGACGUGCUCGAGCCAGCCAUCAUUACGGCCCAUUACCCCUCCCAAUCGCGCUCAAGGCGUUCCGACCUCAGCCAGUCAAGGCAAUAACAACACCUUCGACACUACCUGCCACAGUCAUCCCUCAACAGUCCAUACCACCACCGCCCGCCAUCUUGGGAUCACAGCCACUCUACUACCUAGCCAGGAAGUUCCCCAUCCUUGCGGAGCAUGAACUCAAGGCGAUCCCUAACAAGACGGCAUUGGAUUAUUCGAGCUUUCUUGUUGGAGCCAUGACGACUUCAUAUCCUUCUGCGACGACUUUGAGGGCGGUUGUACGUCAGUUCAGGAAGUUUUUGAAGGCUUCGGCCCAACAGGUCAAGGCGGAAGCAUCGUGGAGGGCAGGAGGCGCCAACAGCAGCAGUAACAGCAGUCGGCAUUCGAUCAAGGUCGAGUUACCUAGAGCAAGGAUAUGGGCUCAAACGAUCCGAGGACUCAUCUGGCUCAAGCAAUAUCGUCGUGCUCGUGUCGCGAUUCAUGCAAUGCAAAAGCUCGGGAUCCGGCCGACUGGGUUUGCAUGGCGCGGUAUCUGUCGUGGAUGGAUUGAGCAAGGAGAGCUGGCUCGUGCUGAGGCAUUGGCAGUCAAGGUGUUUACCCGACCCGAGAUAUCGCACGACUACAAGCUGGAGGAACGGCCAUACUACUUUACAGACAUGCAACUGUCAGGAGAGUCUGAGGCAGGUGCAACAGGGGCGGCGAGUAACGGAUCUCGUCCUACUGGUGGUACGGCGGCGCGUCGGAAGCAUCGGUCACCCAUGUCACCCAACUCGGCACCUCUUUUUCUGGUGAUCGAGGCGUUGGCAGAGUGCGGAGAGAUGGAGCGAGCACGGCAAUGGUUUGACCAGAUCCCUGAGCACGAGAUGACUGAUUUGUUGACCAGCGAUAUGGUUGCGGGAUACCUCAAGGUCGGACAGCAGGACAAGGCUCAGGAGGUGAUCCGGAUCAUGGCUCGGUGUGGUGUCAAGCCGACCGCGAUUGUGUUCAACCCGAUUGUAGAGCAUGCAGUUCGACAUAUGAACAUGGAGGCGGCCGAGGAGUUGGUGCAGGAUAUGACCAGGCUAGGCAUUUAUUCGAACCUGUUCACCUACAAGAUCUUGAUCCAGGGGUACAUUGCUGCAGGACAGAAGGACAAGGCCCUCGAGUGCUUGGACCGUAUCAAGACGUCUGGUGUUGAGACGGAUCGGGCGAUGGGCCGGAUCUUGUUGGAGGGCCUGUGGCAGUUGGGAGAGCUCCGGGAGGGUGAUCAAGGACCUGUCGCUAUCUGUAACACCACUCGUGGAGAGCAGGACAGCAUCCAGGGUGAUCUCCGGAUGGCAGCCCUUGAUUUUGUGGACGAACCCGGCUGGAGUCAGAGAUGCAUGGAUUGGAUCAAAGACGGCAAGUUUGAGCAGGCCGAGGAGGUCCUCCACCAUGUUUUGAGCCCUGAGACAGCACACGACACGAGGAUACAGGCCGAGGCGGUCCAGGUGGUGCGGGCGUUGGCUGAUUGUCAGGAUAUGACACGAGCACGACACUGGUUUGACCAGCUCAUCCGUCCGGAGCGUGUUGCUCUUCUACGCGGAGCAAACUCUCUAGGCGGGGACGCGGGUCUCAACGAGCUGAUGGAUCAUAUGGUCUCGGGCUACAUCCAAACCCAUCGGCCGACCGAUGCCGAGGAUGUGAUUGGGAUCAUGUCUCAGCAAGGGAUCUACCCAACCGUCAACACCAUCAACCUGAUCUUGCGCUGGUCGACUCUUCAGGCAGAGAUGGACGAUGCCGAGAGCCUUGUACAGAAGAUGGCUCUCUCUGGCAUCCCGCCCAACCAAGAGACAUUCGAGAUUUUGUGUCAGGGCUAUGCCUCCCGGGGUGCUCUGGUGCCCCUCCAAGAGUGUUUGACGAGGAUGGAGGAGGCUGGGUUUGCGGGAUUGGGUGGUGCUAGUCCUCUGGUGACCGAGUUGCGGGAGCACAUGCUUGGUCAGGGACCUACUCAAGAACUAUCAUCGUCGUCAAGUGGUGUUUUCGCGACCAUGUGCGCACAGUGGAUUGACCAGGACCAGAUGUCCCGCGCGGAGCAGUUAAUCGGCCAUCUUCAGUCGAACCCACACGUCCAUCCAGAGAUGAUUCCUUACGCGACGCUUAUUGAGGGAUGGAUCGGUCAAAGCCAACGGAACUCAGUCUCGAUGUCUGCUUUGCAGGCUAUGAACUCUUCUGGUUCCGGUGCCAAGGCUCGCAACAGCAACAAUACCCGCUCCAAGGAUGCAGGGUCGGAUGCCUCUUCUGCAGCCAGUCCAUCGUCGUCGUCGGUCCCGUCGAGCGAGAGUCUCCAUCAUGAGAUCCAGCUCUGUGAAGAGAACAUAUCCAAGAUGCGCAAAGCCCGUUAUUGGUUUGACAAGACGCCCGAGGAGUUCCGCACCGUGGAUCUGUUGAACAAGAUGGUGGGCGGGUAUAUGGCCUUGGGGCUGGAGCAAGAGUCCGAGGCUAUGAUCCAGUGGAUGGCGGCUCACAAGAUCAAGCCUAAUGUGGUCACGUACAACCAUAUCUUGGAACAUACGAUCCAACAUCUGACUAUGCCGACGGCCGAGGGACUGGUUCACAAGAUGUGGAAGGGUGGGAUUGGAGCCAGUGUUGAGACAUGGAAUUUGUUGGUGAGGGGGUAUGUGAUUCGGGGCCAGUUGGGUAAAGCGCUGGAGUGUCUUGAUCGGAUGGCUGAAAGCAAGUUGGUGGAUUCGUCGAGUUCACCGUCGUCGGAGGCCAAGGGUGCUGGUGGUGGCAAGUCCAAGACACGCGAGAUUAUCGAGGUGUAUGAUCGCGAAAUCUUUGAUGUGGUUGUGCAUACGGAGAGGCAGGAGGAGGAAGUACAAUCAACAGCAACAACUGACACGGACCCUCUUGUUCAGGGAAUCAUUACUCCCAACGACUCUAAUCACCACACUCAUAACAACAUCAGCCAACGGACACAAAAACAACAGGAGGACGACACCACAGAGCUGUCAAGUCAGUCGAUUACAGCGACAAAAUCACAACGCACCAAGAGUUCAACUAGAGGAGGAGGAGGCGUUGGUGUAGAGCCCAAUGCGCUAACGAAACAGCUGAUUCUGUCAGGGUUUGGACCAGAAUUGAAACCACCUCAGGGACAAGGGGACUACGCGCGAGCCCUAGAGCUGUACCGGAACCGGGUCGCACGGCAGAAGGAGCAAGAGGAUCAGCUCCUCCAGGGUCUCUCCUCCCUACGGAUAGCCGGAGAGAUAGAGGUGGAUGAGGAUGAUGAUGAGUGGAUUCUCGAUCACCUAGAGUCAUUCCAGGGGUUGAGCUCCUCGUCGUCAGAGGGAGUAGAAGGUGUGAGUGGAGGAACAGGAGGAGGAGUGGGGAUGACGGAUGUGGAUUGGAAGAAUGAGUUGAAAUGGGAGGAGUUGAUGGAGAUGGAGAAGGGUCGGGAGCGUGAGCUUUCUGGACGUGCCUGGUCAUCCUCUUCCUCCUCUUAG